AUGGGGUGUGUGAUGCAGUACUAUAAGCAAACGCAACUAGAGACUAUGGCGAGUGAGAAGGCAGCAGAAGAGUUUCAGUUGGAGAAAGAGUUCACUGGUGUGUGUUGCGAGAGAGAGAGAGAGAGAGAGAGAGUGAUAACUGCUUCUACUUCGCAGAGGUCACAUCGCCUCGAAACCGUUUUGGAGAAGAUAGACGGCAAACACAAAUGUCCUCCCAUAAGCGAGGAGUCAAGGCAGAGACUUUCUUCGAUUCCAGAAGAGUUAGCUUUCGAUUUGCUCAGGAAAGCUUUUAAUUCUCCGGGGAUGUCCAACCUCGACCACUUCAGCGCCGUUACUGUUACUAGCUCUCCGGCUAAGUCUCUUCCUAGUUCCUCUCCAAGCAGAGUUUCUCAAGAAGAGAUAUCUGUUGAUCCUGAAGCUCCUUCUCUUCACAUUCCUCCUCCUCAGCUCUUACUAGCUUUGAGUGAACUUGAGUUCAACAAGGUCUUUCUCUUGCUUACCUACAUUCCUGGGAAAGAUCUGGGAUGGAAGGAUUUGUCUAUGGUUGCAUUUGAAGCUGCCGUUUGGGAAAGGAUUCUUGUUCCCCAACAGACCGUAGAUUGUCACUCGUCAACUUGUAGUAAUGACCCUUUCUCUGCAUACAAAAUGAUUGCCAGGAAUGGUAUCAUGGUUGGGUUACGUCGUUAUCAGUUUUUUGUCUUCAAAGAUGGUGGAAAAGAAGUUAAGAAGAAAGACAUUUCUACAAAGGGAUUGAAAUGCUACUUUAUACGCACAGACCCCACUUCUGCGAAUGAUACGGAAACUCCCUACAUCUUUUCUGGGAAGUCAAUUAAUGAAGCUCGCAUGCAUUUUAUGCACGUGCACACAUUGCCAUCUUUGCCCGACUACAUGAUAUGUACUUCAGUUUCUUUAAAGUUUUCAUUGAUUCUGUCAAAGACCAAGAAGCUUGAAGUUGACAUGACUGGGAUUAGCUUCGAGAAAAUAGAUGAUAUACACUGCCAUGAUCAAAACAAUAAUGAUGUUCUGGAUAAGAAUGGGGAACCAUGUAUACAUUCAGAUGGCACUGGUUACAUCUCUGAGGACCUUGCUCGGAUGUGUCCAGUUAAUGUAUAUAAAGGGAAAUGUCUCAGGAGCGAUAAUGUUCAAACCCCUGCUCAAAACCCGCCUCUUCUGAUCCAGUUUCGGAUGUUUUAUGAUGGCUAUGCUGUUACGGGAACUUUUCUCGUAAACAAGAAACUUCCUCCUCAGACUGUUCAGGUUCGACCUUCAAUGAUCAAAGUCUCUAAAGAUCCAGCUUUGUCAACUUUUACCACUUUUAAUGCCAUUGAGGUUGUCAAUACAAGUAAUCCACCAAAAAGAACAAAGUUAUCAAGAAACUUGGUUGCGCUGCUUAGCUAUGGAGGAGUCCCUGAUGAAUUCUUUCUGGAGAUUUUGCUCAACACGCUGGAAGAGUACAAAACCAUCUUCACCAACAAACGUGCUGCUCUUAAAGCUGCCCUUCAUUAUGGAGAUAUGGAUGAUCACGAAGCUGCACGAAUGAUUUUGGCUGGUAUCCCACUUGACGAACCAUACUUGCAGGAUCAGCUGUCUAUUUUUUCAAAAACAGAGAAGAAGGAUCUCAAAGCAGGAAAGCUUCCUGUGAGUGAAUCAUACUAUCUCAUGGGCACAGUUGAUCCCACCGGAGAGUUAAAGGAAGAUGACGUCUGUGUCAUCCUCGAGUCUGGCCAAAUCUCAGGGAAUGUGCUAGUUUACAGGAAUCCUGGACUACAUUUUGGGGACAUACAUGUACUUAAGGCUACAUAUGUUGAGGCCUUGGAGGAGUAUGUAGGAAACUCCAAGUAUGGUGUGUUCUUCCCUCAGAAAGGUCCAAGAUCUUUGGGUGAUGAGAUAGCAGGUGGUGACUUUGAUGGCGAUUUGUAUUUCAUCUCCAGAAAUCCAGAGCUACUUGAACACUUCAAACCAAGUGAGCCAUGGGUGAGUUUGACUCCUCCAACUGAGCCAUGGGUGAGUUUGACUCCUCCUACUGAGCCAUGGGUGAGUUUGACUCCUCCUACUAAAGGCAACUCUGCUAGAAAGCCAAGCCAUCUCUCACCGGCGGAGCUGGAGGAAGAGCUUUUUGAUAUGUUCUUGAAGGCAAGAUUUAAUGCCAGCAAUGUGAUAGGGAUGGCUGCUGAUAACUGGUUAACUAUUAUGGACCAAUUCCUCACACUAGGAGAUGAGAAGGCUGAGGAAAAAGCUGAAAUGAAGAAGAAAAUGUUAAAGCUGAUUGAUAUAUGCUAUGAUGCUCUUGAUGCACCCAAGAAAGGUGCUAUAGUCGAUCUCCCGGACGAGCUGAAGCCUGACAUUUUCCCGCAUUACAUGGAGCGUGAUCAGAAAUUCGACUCUACUUCUAUUCUUGGAAUGAUCUAUGACUUUGUUGAUUCACACACAGCACAGGAACACACACCAUUAGCGGAGAUAAGUAAACUCUCGUGUUUCGAAGAUGCGCCGGUCUCUGAUCAUCAUAUGGAGAAAUGUGGACGGUGGUAUGAAAAGUACAGAAAGGAGAUGAUACAGGCGAUGGGUAAAAGAGAUGAAUCAGCCAAUGAAGUUAUCCAGAGAUACAAGCAGGAGUUCUAUGGUGCUACAGGGCUUGAAGAGCUUUAUCCGCAAGCCUUGGCACUUUACAACAUCGUUUACGAUCAUGCAGUCAAAAUGAACAACGCUCGAAACUGUGGGUUUGUGUGGAAGGUUGCAGGACCGGUCCUGUGCAGGUUCUACCUUGAGAAAACGGAGGAAAAAUUCUUAGUAUCUCCACUCGGUGUGUUUAAGAAGGUGCUUUUGGGUUGAUCACAAAGCACAUGUUAUCUGCUCUGUUCUUGUAAUAUAAAUAAGCCUUUUGUUGUGAUCAUGUAAGAUAAGAAGCGUGUGAGACAAGUUUCGAACAUUCGUAAUACUGGCUAUUUGUAUUUGUUCUAAUCUAAUCAAGAAGUGUUGUAAUGCCU